AUGGGGUUGAAGCUCAAGUUCAAGACUCCUACUUCUGACAGAUUAUCUCUGGGGAAACUUCGGGAGUGGAAGCUUCAAAGAGGUUCCUUUGAAAGAAGUGACCUGAGACUUGCAUAUGAAUUUGUGGAAGAGAGGACGCUAAAUUUAUCAUUUUAUGGGGAUAGUUUUGUGGAGAUGAAGAUGGCAGAAGCUUUCUCUCGAACAUCCCUGCAGUUGCGCUUCCGAACAAGCAAGCCACAUGGACUGCUUUUCCUUGCAGCUGGGAAGAAGGAUUAUUGUUUGUUGGAACUACGCUCAGGAAAUGUACAGUUGAGGAUUAACUUUGGAGUUGGGGAAGAAGUACUGCAUUCUCAGCAAAGUUCUCGGCUGAAUGAUUUAGCUUGGCACCUGGUUGAACUACACCAUGAACUUGAUAAUGUCACACUGGUAAUUGAUAAAUAUGACAGAACUAGUGCAAAAAUGCCUGGAAUUCUGCAUGAACUAAAUAUUGAUCAUGGUUUCUACAUCGGUGGUGCUAGUAAACUGGAUGUUCCUUAUCUUGAUGGAGCACUGCCCAAUUUCCGAGGAUGUAUUGAUGGUCUGACAUUUAAUCAGCUACAUAUUCUGAUGUCCCUUAGGCCUUCUCCUAGCUUUAAAAAUGUCCGUGAAGUUUCGGUGGGAUGCAGUGAUGAGUUCUUUGCAGGUGAAGAUGAGCCCAUCAGUUUCUUCAGUUCCAGAUCUUAUGUUUCUUUCCCACUGUGGAACAUUGAUGAUGAAGGAGUCUUGGAGUAUGCACUACAAACUUCAGCUCCACGGGGCCUGCUGCUUUAUCAUUCUGGACAAAGAGGAGAUUUCAUUGCAAUGGAAAUGGAGGAUGGCUUAAUUAAGGCCUAUGUUGGAAAUCAUCAGAGUAGAACACAGCUUUCCUCUCGCAAGUCAGUCAAUGAUAGUCACUGGCACUACAUUGAACUGAAAUUUACUGCAGAAUACGUGCAGCUGACAUUGGAUGAAGACACUGUGAAAACAUUGUUGCCUCCCUAUGGCAAUCUGCCACUUCUGAAGGGGCCUCUCUUUGUAGGUGGUGUAGAUGACAGCACACGAUCAGAAGUGGUUAAGUUAGGGCUAGCCUCAGUGUCUGGGAAGUAUGCCAGAGGAGGGUCCUUCAAAGGUUGCUUAAGAGACCUGAAAGCCAACUCAGAAAGGAAAUCAUUGAAGAAUGUUCUGGUGACAAAGGAUAUUUCACCUGGAUGUGAAAUGAAAAACACUUUUAAUACAAACCUUUCUUUAAAGGCAGAUGUAAGGAAUCCUAAUGUGAAAGCAGCUCCAACAUUUGUCAUCUCCCCUGAAAGUUCCCUUUCCCUGAGCAAGGAAGAUAAAAGCCACCUUUUAGUUCUAAAUAACUUGACUGUGCUAGAGGGUGGGCAAGCUUCACUCGAAUCUAAACAUAUUAAAGUCGGCUUAGACUUUCAAAAUUCAGGGAUUCAUCAAUCACAAAUCCUUUUUGAAAUAAAGGAACCACCCAGUCAUGGGGACUUGAAGUUAGAUACUGAACCAGCGCAGAAGGUGAAGUCAUUCACAAUGCAGGAUUUGUGGCAAGGAAAGAUUCUUUAUGUCCAUGAUGGCUCUGAGAAUACUUAUGAUUAUUUUACUUUCUCCAUUUCUAACAGCAGUGAAGAGGUUGUGCUUCCAUAUUUGCAAGAUAACAAGCAGCAUGUCUUUAGUAUUAUUGUAAUUCCAGUAAAUGAUGCUCCUGAGAUCACACUUCCUGAGGGGAACUUACUAAUUCUGUUGGAGAACUCAAAGAAACGUUUGACUGGUGAUAUAAUAAAAGUUCUAGAUAGGGAUACGGAUUCUGCAAGUCUCAGUCUUUCAGUGCUCGGAAACCUGAAUGCAGGUGCAGGGUUUUUAGAACAUUCCGAGCAUCCUGGAAAUGCUCUCACUACUUUUUCUAACGAGGACUUAAGAAAAGGUGAUAUUUUCUUUGUCCACACAGGGGUCAAAAACUCAAGGAUUGUUCUGAGGGCAAGUGAUGGCGAGAAAGUGAGCAAUACUGUUGUAUUACGUGUCAUGGCAGUUCCUUUGGAUUACAAAAUAGUCACCAACUCGGGAAUAAAAUUACUCCAAGGUGCUGCAGCUCUGAUCACACCCAGGCAUUUAGCGGUUGAAACAAAUGCCAUCCUGCAGGAGCUGGAGAUACGGUACGAGAUCACUGAACCGCCCCAGUUUGGGGAAGUCCAAAGGCAGCUUUCAAGAGGGAAAUGGAAGCAGGUCAGCUCUUUUUCUCAGCGCUCUGUUCAGCGCAACCGUGUGAGAUACUGUAGCACUUUUAAAGAAAUUCAACCAGAAAAUGUUACUGAACAAUUUAAAUUCAAGAUUAGCAUAGGAAGCAGAAUCAGUGAAGAGUAUGUGUUUCCAGUCAAAGUGAGCUGGUUAAGGUACAGUUUAUUGAAACACACUCCUCUAGAAAUUGAAAAAUCAAGAAAGAAAUACUUGAAUUCAGAUAAUCUUUAUGCUGCACUUGUGGAUCUAGACAUACUUGAAGAUGAGCUUUAUUUUAAAUUACUGUCCCUACCAAAGAAAGGACAAAUACUUCUUAAUGAUCAACCUUUGAAAAAAGAUUCUGCUUUUAGCCAGAAAGACAUUGCUGAUCAAAAAGUGGCAUAUGAAUUAAUUAGCAGACAUCAUGAAGACAUCCAGGAUUCAUUUAGAUUCCUCAUUUCUACUAAAUAUCUGGAAUCAAAUUUUUAUGAAUUCAUCAUCAACAUCAAAUCGGAUUUUGGAAGUGUUAUUGUGACUAACAAUGGCUUGACUGUUACUGAAGGUGAAGGAGAAUUCAUAACAAGCACAAAAUUGUUUGUGCAAACACUGGGUAAUAAAACUUUCCAAUAUAAAGUUAUAAAGUUUCCUCAGCAUGGGAGAUUAAAACUCAUGAAUUUUUCAGGUUCAUUUGAGAGUAGUGAUAAUAUCAGCACUUUCACUAAUAAAGAUAUAAUUGAUACGCGCCUUAUGUAUGUGCAUGAUGACUCUGAGACAGUGUUUGAUGAAUUUCUUGUCAGAGCUUCCAGUGAAGAGUCAGGGGAAUGGAUAAACUCUGAUGCAGAAACUUUGUCAGUAGAAAUUAGCUUCAAUAUUUCUGUCCAGCUGAAAAAUGAUGAGAAACCAGUACGUGUAAUAGAUAAGGUAUUUGACAUAGUGAAGAAUGGGCAGCGAUUGUUAACUUUGGCAGAUCUUUGCUAUCAUGAUCCUGAUUCCGAUUUUGAUGAUGGACAGUUGCUGUAUACAAGACGUGGCAUUCCCAAUGGAGAUUUGGUGCUAACCAAUGAUACAUUUCACAAACUCUAUCAAUUCACACAAGAGGCCCUGGAACAAAAGCAAGUCCUGUUUCUACACCGUGUCGCAGACGUAGGACAUUUUGUUCUUUUUGUGACUGAUGGCAAACACUAUGCAUCCUCGCUGCUAGAAGUCAGUGCCACAGAUCCUUAUGUUAGGCUGGCAAAUAAUACAGGCUUGUUGGUUCAAAAAGGAAGAGAGGAAACUAUUACAACAGCUAACCUUAGUGCUGUUACAAACCAAGAUGUUAGAAGUGAUCAUGAGAUUAAAUAUGAGAUCCUCGCUGUCCCAAAAUAUGGAAGGAUAUAUGUAAAUGAUCUACAGAUGGAUUCCUUUACUCAGCUUGAUCUGAGAGAGGGCCAUGUGGUCUACAGGCAUGAUGGCAGCAACAACCUUACUGACACAUUUAACUUCACAGUCCAUGCUAAAGAUACCCAUCUGGAUGCUGGAGUGCAUAUUCGCAUGUAUUUGGAAAGUCAUCAGGAACCACCAAGGAUUGUGAACAGUAACAAUCUUGUAGUUGAAGAAGGAAAACGAGUUAAAAUCAGUACAGGAAAACUGCAGGUUGUUCAUGAAAACAGUUCUCCAUCUGAGAUUGUGUUCACAGUAAGAGAAUUUCCAGAACAUGGAUACAUUCGGAAGUUUUCAUCAGAAAAAAACUCUGCUGGCUCUGACCAAAAGCCAAUUUUGACAUUCACACAGCAAGAUAUUGAUGAGGGUAACGUUCAAUACGUGCAGACAGUUUCUGACCAACUAAGUGAUCAUUUUUCUGUGGAUGUGACCAAUGGUGUCCGAGCAGUGAGUGGAAUUGGAAUCUCUGUAGACAUCAUCCCUGGAGUGAUUCCACUGGAAGUGCAGAACUUCACAGUACUGGAAGGGGGUUCGAAAGCCCUGCUGGAAGAUUAUCUAAAAAUUUCUAGUAGACACUUUGCAGGACUCAGCUGUGAUGUUAUUUUAGUUGAGCAGCCAAAGCAUGGAUAUGUUGAAAACACUCGCGUUCCUGGAGUAAAGUUAACCAAAUUUACCAGAAAACAGGUUGAAGAAGAAUUGAUCUACUAUGUGCAUGAUGACAGUGAGGAACCGACAGACAAUUUUACUGUUAUAGUAAAUUACACAGAACUUUGGAAACAAAGUUUGCCCCAGACUUUAUUUGUAACUGUUAUUGCAGUAAAUGAUGAAGUUCCUGUUAUAAAAGUUAACAAAAUUCUUCAGGUCUGGGUGGGUUCAGUCACAGAAAUAACUGUUGACGACCUCUGUGCAGACGACAAGGACUCCUCACCGUCCGAACUCAUGUACACCCUUACUCCGCCUAGCAAUGGGCACUUGGCUCUGAAGUCUUCUCCAAACAACAGCAUCCUUAAUUUUACACAGGCUCAUAUAAUAGAAGGGCGUCUGGUAUUUGUACACAGUGGAGCAAUGUCUGGAGGCUUCAAUUUUCAGGUUACAGAUGAUUUGAACUUUUCAUCCCGACAAAUCUUUAGCAUCACAGCUCGAACCCUGAUACUUAGCCUGGAAGUGAACAAAGGACUUGGAGUCUUUCCAGGAUCCAGGAAACCUAUUUCACAACAUGAUUUGAAAGCUAUAACCAAUGAUGUGACCAAUACAGGAAACAGAACUAUAACUUUUAUGAUUGUUACUUCCCCCAAACUUGGAAGGCUCAUCAGAGCAAAUUCUGAUAAUACCACUCAGGAAAUCCUCAGUUUUACACAGUCUAUGGUAGAUGAAGGUGUGAUCAUGUAUGAGCACUUACAAAUGGAGGCAACUGACUGGAGUGCAGAAGACUUCUUUACUUUUACUGUCUCCUCUCCACCAUCAGCCCUGGACCUCCAGGUGUUCCAUAUUGCCAUCUCGUAUGGAAUUACCAGGCACGAUCGGAACAGUCGUCUUCUAGCAAACACAGGUGCCGUAGUACUGGAAGGAGGUAGAGUCUUAAUCAACAGAACAAAAUUAGAUGCUUCAAAUCUACUGAUUAAGCUGCCUGAAGUACAGCGUUCCAUGUAUGAAAUAUGGUAUCAGGUUGUAUCUUUACCCCAACAUGGCACGAUUGUUGUUGGAGAAAGAAACAUCACCAAAGAGAAACCUAACUUCUCCCAGUACAUAUUGAACAAAUUUGGAAUUGUGUAUGUACAUGAUAAUUCUGAAUCACUCACUGACAAUUUCGUUUUUGCUGUGUGGUUAAACCUAAAGAGCAAAUCUGCUACAAAGCCUCAUGGUGAAGUUUUAGAAGAGACGUUUAAUAUCACUGUUGUUCCAGUGAAUGACCAAGCUCCAGAACUGAGGACUAAAAUGCUUCACUUGGAAGUGCUGCAGGGAGAUGUUUCAGUACUGGGGCCAGAGAAUCUGAAAGUUGAAGACCUAGAUAACACCCCAGCUGAGCUAAAAUACACAGUUAUUAGUAAACCUAAUAAUGGUUAUUUAGCAAUGAAGAGCAAUCUUAGUGUCUCCAUACAGGAUUUCACACAAGCUGAUAUUGACAGUGGCAGAGUUUGGUUUGUACAGGAUGGCAGUUCAUCCUCUGGCGUGUUUUAUUUCAGUGUAACUGAUGGCAAACAUCGUCCUUUAUACAAACUUUUCAGUCUUGAAGUCAUACCAAUUGCCCUUGUCCUGGUAAAUCACACCAGUGUUGCACUGCUACAAGGCCAGACAUCUGUCGUUAUUACUAAUGUUCAUCUAGCAGCUGUCACAAAUGGAAGAAGCACUAAUAUCAUGUAUGAAGUAACUCAGCCACUCAGAUUUGGGCACCUGAUGAUUGAAAAUGAGGAAGUUACUAGAUUUGAGCAGGCGGAUUUGUACUCAGGAAGGUUGUCUUACCACUUGACAAAUCUCACUGCAUUUGAAGAAGUACUGGAGUUUGUGCUGUUCACUGAAGAAAGUAGUCUAGCAGGACAAGUGCUGAACAUCACGAUGAAGCCUUUAGUACAAGUUGCUCCCGACGUGCAGAUCUCAAAUCAAGCAGUUUACAGAUUCAGAAGCAGUGACCUGAAUGCUUCUGAGCUAGCUAAUUUGACAAGCAGUAAUCCUAGGUUUGAAGUGAUAGUGCCUCCGUUUCAUGGAAGAAUCAUAAAGAGGAGGCUCAUGAAUGAUGCAGUGUUGGAAGAUACUGUGGUGUUCACCCAGACUGACAUCGAUAGAGGUGUUGUGCUCCUAGACGUAGAUACAAAUAUGACAGGCCUUGAUCUUUUAAAUGACUCCUUCACUUUUAUACUCAGGGCAGAUGCUGUGCAGCCUGCUGUCGGCUGUUUCCAGUACUCCAUAGUGCCGCCUGAUCCUCUGCUUGUGCAGCGUUUUACAAGUGAAGUGCCUUUCCUAACCAGCACGAUCACUUUGAAGAUUCCAACUACCUCAAAGGAUGAGGCACCAGUUUCCUCCCACAAUGCCGAACCUUCUGUAGCAGCACAUGGUGUACCAACCAGAUGGCAAGGUCGUGAUCGCUGGGGAGAUCUACGCAAGGAAGAUCCAUUGCCUAAUCUGUCAGUGGCAAAAAAUGGAUUCACCGAGGCUGAGAGCACAAUCCAAGCCAGUGGUAGGAGUCCCAGCAAGCAACCUGGUGAAAGCAGCAACCCUUGGUACAUCAUUAUCCCCCUGGUCCUGGUGUCUGUGCUGCUCAUUAUUGCUGUUAUUUCUGUGUGUGUUUUGUUAUUGUGUCAGAAAAAAGAGAAGGCAAAACCACUUGUCAGAAAUGAAAUGGAUGCCAUGCUCAGGAGUCCAGGCCGCGGUCCCGAACAGAGUGUGACGGUACCCACUGUUACAGUGACCCUUCUUCCCAAGGGGGCUGAGAGAAGCAUAGCCACAACAGUCACACCCAGAAGAGACGAACAACAGAUGCUUCCUGCAGUUGUUUCUCCACCUGUAAAACAGUCCUUGCAAAACAGCUGGUUAAACCUUGAUCCUGAAAUGAUCCAGUACUGUCGAAAAACAAACCCAACUUUGAAGCGCAGUCAAUACUGGGUGUAGUUCAUGGCUGGUUUUGGUCAUGUGAAUAGGCCUAGAAGGGAAAGGAGA